AUGAACAAGAAACAUGGUGCAUUCAAGAAGAUUAAAGCAGAAAGUGCCACAUCUUCGGUGUUCGCAAGCUCGCUGUCGAGCGGUCCUCAAGUACCGGCCAGUGUCAGGAGACGACACAGGACAACGUUCACUCAGGAGCAGUUAGCUGAGCUGGAUGCAGCCUUCCAGAAGUCACAUUAUCCAGAUAUAUACGUCCGUGAAGAACUGGCACGAAUUACAAAGCUUAACGAGGCUCGUAUUCAGAAUUUGGAUUAUAUUUGCUGGAUGGGGAUAAGGGUUAUGACCGGACUCGAACUCAGCGGGGAUCCGAUCCGAUCCGAUAACUGCUCAGACGACGAGCCGAGCGAUCGCUUGCGUAUUGCGCCAUCUGUGCUUAAAACCAUCACUUAG